AUGGCUUCGACGUCGCAAUUCGUCCAGCUCGCCAAGAGCCUGCCAGAGCCCCUGCAGCGCUUCUUUGCCCGCUGGCCACCCGCUGCCUUGGUCUCUCCCGGCGCGGCGCCGACAUCCUUUCAAGAGCUGCGCCCGAACCCGUUCGAAUUCUACAAACACCCCGUGACAGGUCGUCUGCAGGACCCCGUGUACUCGGCGCGGCGGCAGGCACAGCUCCUGCAGAUGGCGCGCGACCACGGCGUCGCGGACCUGCUGCCGGCCUCGGAGAAGAACCCGACGCAGCGCCUGGCGCACCGCGUCGAGCACGGCCUGCGCGUCAAGGGUACGGGCGUGGGACAAAAGGUCAAGGGACACAUUCACGAGCGACACAUGAUUGCCAAAAUGGAACAAAGAAGAAAGGCCAUGCUGGAAAUGCCCGAGCUCAUCAAGAAAUGGAAGACGGUCGGAAAGCGAAACUGGACCAAGUUCCCGAAAUAA